UUAGAUCUAUAAGAGUGCUGAUAACUUUAUUUUCAGUUAAGAAAGGAAAGAAAAUCCAACUUAUACCUGAUAAGAAAAUAGCGACCGAAACUGUCCAAUAAUUUUCUGAAGGAUUAGAGCGACAACAGAACGGCGCAGCUUUCUACAGGAUAACGCGCAUCUUGUUUUGAAGUCUUCCGCAAAUUCAGAACUUGAGUAAAGAGCCAUUAGAAAUUGCGGCAAAUGGUCAUCUUAUGGGGCCUGUGUCAGAAAUGUUGUCCUUCCAUUCCGAACUGUCAUCGUAGAAUGGCUAGGUAACAUCACGUUGCUUUCAUGGCUUGUUACAAUGGCGAGGUCGGCACAAAAUUUCCAACGGGGCGAUGGGAAGAGUUUUGUAAAGACCGGGGCGAAGUAGCGGCGAUCAAUUUCGCCAAUGAAUUCCUUCAAUUUGUAAGAGACAACCCAGUUUUUGAUGUAUCGGGAGCAUCUGGUACAUUUUCUAAGCGUUUUGUCGAGCAUUUCCUUCAAGCAUUUGACGUAGAGGUGCAUAAACAAGACGGAUUUCUGGACCUCGAGGCCCCCGACUCGCCGACCGAUGUGUUCGGUCCAGACGAUUGGGGUUCAAGCGUUCAUCUCACGGGCACAUUUAAAGCUCCAGAGAAGAAAACAAGUGAAUCCAGCUUCAAAUUCCUUGAGAAAUUAAAGGACGUGAAAGGAUUUUUCAAACGCAAUGCGAACGAAGAGUUACCUCCUGCCAAACAGGCGGAAACGAGGAGAGAUCUGGAAGAUCAAAGAGCUCAAUUUCUGGAGACGAAACUGACAACUUCUGUCAAACGCGAAGGAGUCAUGAACUAUUUAAUGAACUUGGAAAGUGGAAUGAAUACAGAGGACUUCUUUUGGCAGAAAUGUCGAGUGGUUCUGUUCAAAGCACCUGGAGGGUUUAUGUUGGAGUUUUAUACACCUCCAAAGUCACCCAAACCAAAGACAGGAAUAUUCUGCUUCCUCAUUCAUGAAGCAAGGCCUGCAACAGAGUUGGAGCUGCCAGGAGGAGAGAAUGUGUUUGUCAUCAAGGCUGUAAACAAGAGAGAAUACAUGCUAGCAGCUAAUCACAAGGAGGAAAUGGAUGAGUGGCUGGCUGAGAUAAGAAAAUGCAUGGAAGAAGAUCAGGGGUCAACCAGUCAAAGUGGUCCAUCAAUAUCUGGUUCUGAUGAGAGAGGUGCAGAGGCAGCCCUUCCCCCAAGUACCCCAGCAAAUGCAGUGGCUGUAUCAAACUCAGUAGUAGGAGCUAAACUUGGAGAUGGUCAAGCACUAAGAGUCAGACUGGACAGUUACCCUGCAGAUAAAAAAUCCACAGAGGCCGUGUCCAAUUUAGCAAAAAGACGGAAUGUUUACACUCCCUCGUCACUUCAAAUACAGAACAGAUCCACAGGAUCAUUUUCUUCACCUCAUGGUCCUCAGACCCCCACAUACCAAGAUGAUCUACCCCAUGGCCGUCCUCCUCCGGAGCUUCCUCCAAGAUCUCCAACCAGCAGUGAGGCGACACCCUCUCUUCCCCCUAAUCAGCCUGAUCUGUUGCGGCAGAUUUCUGCUCAAGGAGCACCACAAUCAACUAAUGAAGAAAACACAGUGUGGGUUACAGCUUCUAUGGAAAAUCACCCUCUUGCAAAUUACCCAUGGUUCCAUGGAACCCUGCCAAGAAUAGAGGCCUCUCAUCUGGUGUCACAGGGAGGCCAGCAGUGGCAUGGGAUAUUCCUAAUAAGGCAAAGUGAGACAAGGAGAGGGGAAUAUGUGUUAACAUUUAAUUACCAAGGGAGAGCAAAGCAUCUCAGACUUGCCUUGAACGUGGAGGGCCAAUGUCGUGUCCAGCAUCUCUGGUUUCAGAGCAUUUUUGAAAUGCUGGAGCACUUUCGAGCUAAUCCAAUUCCGCUUGAGAGUGGUGGACCUUCUGACGUAAUGCUCACAAAUUUUGUGGUUUACACAAGUUCUGGUUCACCCCAACCUGGAAGCUCCUUGCAGCGCACCCAUGUAGGCCAUGGAGGUGAAGGUGGUCUGCGCCGUUCUCACAGCCUUCAUGUAAACAGGAUAACUAGAGCAGCAACCAUCCAAGGUGGCUCUGUUCGAAUUGCAUCAAAUACGGCUAAUGGCCAGGCGCAUUCAAGGGCAGUUGAAAAUCAGUAUGCCUUUGUUUGAAUUUGAAGGCUAAAUUUCAAAAGUUGUAUUCUCUUCUGUUAAAUUUUUAUAUAAAAUUAAUGUUUACAGUAUUUAAAGUGAGACUGAUUUAAGUCUCACUGUGAUCUAGACAGAAGUAACUACCAUUCUGAAAGCCUCUACAGGUCAUAAAAUGGAGAAGUAACUUAGCCUGUUCCAGGCUUUCAUUUGGCAAAGGGAGUAAUGAUAACAACAAUGCCACAAAAUGAAGCAAUGUCAGAGUACGUACAUGUAGAAUGCCUGGAACAGAGGUAAACCGGAACAGAUUGUUCCCCAAGUAAAUGGUCUGAAUGCUCUUUUGCUCAUUUCAAAUGCUAUCUUCAUUCGCCAGAUCCUGAUAAUUACCAAGCAGUCAUGCCUAGAACAGUUAUUGUCUUUUGUACUGUAAACAAAAAAUAUGAGGUUUUUUCUUGAAUCCUUUCCAGCCUAAUAAAUUGUCAUGCAUUAGUUCCCUUUGUUUGGCUAUGGUAACAUAAAUCUUCAGUGAAGUGUGAUCAGUAGCACUUGGCCCAACAAUGUGAUAAUAUUUUUGUAUUUAUUUAUGCUUUGUAAUUUGAAUACGUAAGACAGAAAGCCUCAUAGUGCAAUUAGAUUUGCUUUCUCUUUCUUAAGUUUGUGAUUUUUAAUAUACAUGCCAAACUUUCAGCAUGCCCAUUGGCUGAGAGUAUGCCCCAAACAAUGCAUACAGCUUAAAUUGCAUGCUGAAAGACGAAAGUAAGUGUAAAUUAUUAACAAUUAAUCAAAUAUUAUCACUUGAAAAAAACAAUUAAUAGGGGCAAUUUACAGUUGUGUACUUAGCUGCCAAGCCUUUGAUUUGGAGUGAGGCUGAAGGUGACCUUGUUGUGAUAGAAACCAGUAUGUAGUGAACAUGAUAGCAAAGUAAUUAACAUUUGAAAGGCAGCAAGGUUUUAGUGUGUUGUAACAAGGUCACCCUUAGCCUCACUCCUGUUCAAAGGCUUGGCAACCAAGCACGCAACUGUAAAAUGGACCAUUGUACAAUUCAACAUGAACAUGAAAACAUUUGAUUACCUAAGUAUGCAAUUGCCACUAUGAGGUCUAAAUAAUGAAGUUUUUAUUUUAUAUUAUUUUAUACCUAGUUACUUUAAUUUGUAUGGGAACUAUUUUAAGAUUCUAUUAGAAUUAGUCCAUUUUACAGUUGUGUGCUUGGUUGCCAAGCCUUUCCACAGGAGUGAGGCUAAGGUUGACCUUGUUAUGAGACAAACCUUGUUGCUUUUCAAAUGCAAAUUACUUUGUUAGCAUGCUAACUAAAUACUGGUCUCUAUCACAACAAGGUCACCUUCAGCCUCACUCCCAAUCAAAGGCUUGGCAACUAACUACACAACUGAAAAAUGGCCUAUUGCCCAAACACUCAACUCUUGCACCAGAAAUUAUUGUAUUUGUCUCUUACUUUUAAUUCUUCCUUUUUGAUAUUUAAUUUAUCAUAUUUCAUUACCUGAUAUGUUCCAGCUAUGUUGUUGUUGCAAAUAUAUAAGAAUUUUGUAAGAAAGAAACAUUUCACAUGAAAGGAUAAAUGAUUUUUAACAGUAUGUUGGAACAAUAAUUGUUAUGUUAUUAGUCAAUAAUUCUUUGCAUCUUUAUUGAAAGUAAUGGUUGGAUUAUGCUGAUGUAGUUCAACAGGUCUCUACUUAUUGUUCCUAAAAAUUUCAGGUGAAAACACAGGGAAUUAUGUUCUAAAUAUUUUCAUGAGUAGAUUGCAAUAACAUCCUGUUAAUGAUAAAAUUUGAGAAGUGGAAACACGAGGAGUUUUUGGGUGAAAGUGAACCUGAAGUUUCCAUUAUGAAGUACAGUGAUUCAGGUUUUUUUUUAAUUUUUAGAGGUGAUUAUAGGGAAAUUUUAUCAUGGGCUGUAUGACACACUUGUAAAGAUUCUGCUACAUUCCAUCAUCCCCACAGGAUUCAAAUGUCAAAUUUAGCAAAUUUUUUAGCUUACAAAACUGGUGCUCAGGUUGGCAUACCCAAGAGAGUGCUGUAAAGUGUCUCUAAAUCUCAUGCCUGAGUACUGAUUACAUUACUGAAAGCAUAUUGAUAAGUAUUAUUUUGAACUUUUGAUACAGCUGAACUUUUAGCAAUGAAUUAAAGUGUCUUUUUAAUGAA